CACUAGCGAACAGUAAAACCUGCUUUGGAAGCUGCGCUACUCGCGCACACGUGCAGCGCGACGCUGCGCCGCGGCGAAAGACGCAGCGGUGUGGCUGCGGUAGCAGCUCAGCAUAACUUCGCGCGCAUUAAUUGGGCCAAAAAUGCCACACAACACCAAGUCUUGACCCAGCGGCGACACAGCGCUCGCGAGGAGCAAGCCGCGCGAAAGACACACAGCGCUCGCGGAGGAGCAAGCCGCGCGAAAGGCUCACAAAAAAAAUGCGCUGCAACCUCAACGCCUGCGUCGUCGCGCUCUGCGUCUUCACGAUCGGGCUGCACGUCUACCUCCACACGCACCAGCGCGAAGCAUUACGACCGGCACCGGAGGUGCGGGACCACCACCGGCCAAAGCCGCCCCGUCCCCCAAGAUCACCGUCGCGAAUCAGAGUCUCAAAAUGGGGCGGUCGCAUAAGAAUAGGACGGUCCAGGCAAAACCGAGAAAAGGACCGGGCCAUCGGCAAGGCCUCGAUGUGGGACCGGAGAUAUGCGCACUCGCCGCGGCCGCCGCACAACGCGACUGUGGACGACUGGCUGCCUCAGUUCGGCGGCGUCUGUACGCCCACCGGAGAAGACGAGGACGAUGACUCAUUACCGGAGGACCAGAACGCUCGAUCAUUGUUCAAAUCGACGCAAAAUCGCAUCAAGGCCUUUGAGCUCGUGAAGCACGCCCAGCGACGGCGACCGGCUUUUUCCGAAGAAUUCAUGUUACCGGACGGCUGCGUGCCUUUGCAUAAGCGGACGUGGCGCGAGGCCUUCGAGGCGGACCGCAAGAAGCCGCAGGAGAAGCUUGGCGACUUAGAUGACGUCGCCGGGGAUGAUGCUGAUGAUGAUCAGAAUAACGAGUGUAGCGCGGCGGCGUGCCUGCCGAACUUGUUUCUGAUUGGCGCGUCGAAGUCCGGUACGACAACGCUCUAUGAAGCUCUGGCAGCGCACCCACGCAUCGCCCCCAUGUAUCCGGAGCCCCAUACCCACGGCGAGACGCACGUCUGGAGCCCGCCCCAAGGGACGAACAUCAUGCGGCACGACGGCGAGAACACGUUACGAGCGUUGCGGCGGGCCUUACCUCUACAGCGGAAAUCGUUAGCGAAGAAGGCUUUACAAGGGAGAUGGCGUCUUGAGAAUUCUAGGGAUGGUCCAUACUUCAUACUAGAGUACACGCCCCAUUACUUGGUGUUGGGCGGUCUGCGAGACAAGAUCUGCUCGUCUCUCCAAUUAGGCAAUGUAAACUGUAUGAACGCGAGGUACAUCGCCAUGCUCCGGGAUCCUGCCAAGAGAGCUUUCAGCCAGUACGUCAUGAAGACGCACAUGCGCGUCGCGUUGUAUAAUGACAAAAGGACGUUCUGGAAGGCGGUCACCGACGGCAUGAAGCAUACGGCGGACUAUUCAAAGUGCUGGGACGACGCUCUGGGUUUAUCGGUGAACGAGUCCGCAGCACAUGAGGUGGCCUGGACGCGAAGUGAGAAGAUCGGCGACCUAGCUUCCGGAAGGUGCGCCCCCAUCAACUUCCACGGGAACCUCUUCCAGGCCUACGUGCUGAAGUCGGCUUAUUAUUAUCAACUGCUGCCCUGGUUCGCGCACUUCCCUUCGCGCGUCUACGUUGAUGUGUUAGAACGCUUCGACGAUGCGGCUAUACAAAGAAUGGUGGCGUGGCUCGAACUCCCCUACGUCGGCGAGAACGGCUACAAAGAUCAGGAGGCGGUCGUCGCAUUGGCGGGCGCGAAGCGCAAUGUGGCCAGAGACGGCGGCGUCUCGGCUUUGAGCGACGAGCACGCGGCGGCGCUCGAUGACUUUUUUCGACCGAUGAACCGCAAGCUCGAUUUGUUACUGGGGCGGCGGACGGGCUAUCCGGUCUAAUCGCGUCGACGGCGUCUGCUCGAUGGCGUGGUGGCGGCGACGCGCGACGCCGCGGACUCGUCUGCUCGAUGGCGGCCC